AUGUUUAUUAGUAUGAGCGUCAUUUUUGUCGUCAAUGGAAGAAAAAUGAUUUCUAUUGCUCAGCGAGUUUCGUUAACAAAAUUAUAUAGACACGAUAACAAUUCACAAAGUAUGCUUCUUCCCUAUUUCGAUGAUGACCAGAUGGAUUAUUUGUGUCGCAUAGUACGUAAAAAUGCAACACUGGAGGAGUUCUGUAAUGGAAAAUACCAAUCCGCAUUCUACUGGUGCUGCAACGAAAAAGGUGAAUACAAAAAUGUUAGAUGGUGUUUUGCGAAAGAAGAGCUGAUCAUGGAUUUAAAGCCCUGUAUGAAGAGAUACCAGAGGGAGCUCUUGAGACUGAUACUGAACGAUAGUAGCAUGAGUUCCAGGGAAAAAUAUCGCAAACUUUGCAAGUAUGAUUUCACAUUUUUCAAUUAA